AUGGACGAUGCUCCAGCGGAAGAUGAAGAAGACAAGCGACACAAGGCCGUCUUUGAACGAAAAGCCAAAUCACUCAAGUACGCCGAAAUCAUCAAAGAGCAAGGCAUCGUGGAGGAGCCGGAAGAGCCAACCGAACUCCAUGGCCUGGAACCUCUCCCGCAGCCCGCACGAACCGCACCAAGCACGGAAAAGCCGACAUACGAGACUCUUCCUCCAUGGCUCUCGGCGCCCAUUCGUGUCUCGGUGGAUACUAGAACUCCCUUUACAGAUCUGGGUAUCCUCCCAAAGGCAGCGCGGGUGCUGGAACAAAAGGGCUACACAGAAGCUUUUGCCGUUCAGACAGCAGCUCUGCCGUUACUACUCCCUACAAAUAAGCAGCAGCCGGGCGAUCUUCUUGUCUCGGCGGCGACUGGAUCUGGAAAAACACUAGCUUACGCUCUACCGAUUGUAAGAGAUCUGAGCAACAGCGUUGUUACAAGAUUACGUGCGCUCGUCGUGCUCCCUACAAGAGAACUCGUCAAGCAAGCCCAAGAAGUCUUUGAGCUGUGCGCAAAGGCCUACGAGGGAGAAGACAGGAAAAGGGUGCGCGUUGGAAUCGCCAUUGGUAACCAGUCAUUGGCCUCUGAACAGGAUCUUCUCGUGAGCAAGGAGACGCGAUACGAUCCGGAAGCAUACAAGCAGCUGGAACAAGAAGCAUCACAUCGAACCUCGAGUUCCCACAGCGAAGACGAUCUGGACGACUUUCUCACCGGCCCCAAUACGCAACGUGCCAACCCUCGCAUCGGCCCCUGGCAAGGCCAAGUCAUUGAUUUCUAUUCCAAAGUCGACGUCCUCAUCUGCACCCCCGGCCGUCUCGUCGAGCACCUCGACCAGACGCCUGGCUUCUCCCUGUCCUACAUCCGCUGGCUCGUCGUCGACGAGGCCGACAAGCUGCUCGCGCAAAGUUUCCAAGGAUGGCUAGACGUCGUCCUAGACAAAUUCAAGACGAGCCAGUUUGGCGCUCGGGACUUUCCCGACAUGCCGUACUCGGGCGUCCGCAAGAUUCUUCUUAGUGCCACCCUGACGAGGGAUCUAAGUCUUUUGAAUCAGCUCGCUCUGCGCAGACCCAAGCUGAUUGUCCUGGAGAGCGGCAAGGAUGUUCAGGUUGCGGAGCACUCGCUGCCGGAAUCUCUGAAAGAAUAUGCCGUGAGGGUUCACGAUGCAAACCUCAAGCCACUGUAUCUUCUUGAUCUUCUACGAAGCCCACAUAUGGCCAUUAACGACGAUGCCAAGAAUGUGGAUCUUAGCACAGAAGCACAGUCAGAUUCAAGCUCAGAGACUAGCUCAGACGAUACAAGUUCGGAUUCCGAUUCCGACUCUGCCUCCGACACUAGUUCAGACUCUGAUACAAGUUCAGAAUCGGAUUCGGAUUCAGACGCAGAAUCGAACGCCCGCAACAAGAAAGCACACUCCAAGCCGUCCAAGUCACAUCUCCCCAGAUCAUUAAUCUUCACAAAGUCCAACGAAGCUGCCCUGCGCUUAUCCCGGCUGCUCAUCCUCCUCGACAAGUCCCUCGCUACACAAAUCGGCACUCUCACAUCCACCACGCCAACCAGCAUCCGUCGCAAGACUCUGCGAGCCUUCACCACCCCUUCUUCCCCUCUCCGUCUCAUUAUAGCAUCUGAUCUUGUGGCACGUGGUAUUGAUAUUCCAAAGCUGCCGCACGUCAUCAACUAUGACUUGCCGCCAAGCGUAGCUAGUUACGUCCAUCGUGUGGGACGUACUGCUCGAGCUGGUAGAUCUGGAUGUGCCUGGACACUUGUGGGAGACGGGGAGAGUGGUUGGUUCUGGGGUAAGAUUGGUAAGAGUGCUGCUGUGAAGAGAUCACAAAAGGUGGCUAGAGUCAUGAUUGAGGAGAUGAACGAAGAGAGAAUAGAAGAAUAUGAGAGUGCGCUAGAGAAGCUAGGCAAGGAGGCACUCGAGUCACGGAAGAGAUAG